CUGGUUUCAGUAUUUUUAAAUGUGACAUUAGGGGGGCGUGGUCGGCGGAGCAGCGUGUUGGUUCUUGGCUGCUCUUCCACAGGGAAGUGAUGAGCCGGCUGGAUGAACGGGAGCAGCCGCGGGUUUCUGGWGCGUUUUAAAGCAGCUGGCCUUAUUUGGAUGUAUUAUUAUUUUUUUAUUUUUGUUUGUUUGUUUUGUCCAGAGGAGCUAAAGAGACCGGUAAAGCCGCUCUUUUGAAGGACAUCUGACAUUUUUACGCAGCAGAAAACCUGCUUCGUUUCGACAUCUCGCCUUGUGUUUGUUCACCUGGACCGCGUCCGGAGAAAGUUUUCACCUGGAUUUCUGAGGAUUUCUAAAGAAACCCGGGCCAUGGUGGCCGAGCUUUUCACGUGGAUUAACCAGAAAUUGUUUAAUCCAGAUGUGACAAUCUGAGGAUGAAAACGGGAAAGUAGUUCAGCUUUGAGUUUUGAUUUUUAAACUCCUGACUUGGAGCCGAUUUUGGCACCUAUAAAUAAAAAACCAUGACAAGCAACGGACCUGUCAUCGUCUACGAGUGGCUGAAGACCCUCCAGCUCUCCCAGUACGUCGAGUCUUUCGUGGAUAAUGGAUACGACGACCUGGAGGUCUGUAAACAAAUCGGAGACCCCGACCUGGACGCCAUCGGCGUCUACAUCCCGCAGCACCGCCAGAGGGUCCACGACGCGGUCAGGCGGCUGCGGGAGGAGGCCAAAGAGACGGCCAGCGGGCUGUACUUCACCCUGGAGCCGGUGCCGGCCGCGGCCGAGCCCUGCGCGGGUCACGUGGUGGAGUUCGAGUCCAAGCUGCGGGGCUCCAAGUCCUGGACCGAGCCCACCGGCGAGCGCGUCGGGCGGAACGGSGGCUACGUGGGCGCGCAGCGGAACCUGACGCUGGGCAACAGGAGGGAGCUGGUCCUGUUCCCCAAACUCAAACUGAAGAUUAUCAUCCGGGAUAAACUCAUCCGAGACGGGAUUAACCUGGCCAAGCAGCCCUACUCCAACAAGGUGACASCAAACAUCACAAUCAUGUCACAAGUAACACAAACUUCACUUUACUCUUCCUAAAAUAUACUUUUAUUAAAUUUGGCUACUUGCAAAUAAACGUUUUUUUUAUUUAUUAUUUAUAAAUUAAAAGCCCAGCUGUCCUC